CAACAUCCUCAACCUUCAAAAAGCAAGUGGAAGGGCUCAACGAAACGAAUGGCAAACUUGCUCGGGAUCUAGAGUCUGAGAGCAGGACACGAAUCGAAACACAGGACCAGCUAACUAAGAUGACCACGGAAAACAGGCAGCUUGAAGAAACAGUUAAGGUAGACAAAGAAUCACUAAGCAAGUUCGAAGCUGAAAGGAAGGAGCUUCAGUCUAGAGUUGAAGCCUUAACAGACCAUAGCAAAAUGCCUGAAAAAUUUAGUGAAUUGCAGUCACAUGUAACCGAACUAGAAUCAAAAAAUAAGACACUCUUGGAGAAAUUGAAUAAUUCCAAAACAGUCAGUAGUGCCUCUCAAGAAGAAGGUGUAACUAAUAAAGUUAUGGAAAAAACAACAGAAAAUAAUAAGGAUGAUCAUUCAAAAGAACUGCAAAAUUUAAAAUCAUCUUUGCAAGCCAAAGAAGAAGAAUUAGUAAAGGUCAAACAAAACUUGAGAGAAGUGAAGGAAAAGUUGACGCUAGCUGAGGUUGUGAGUGGAGAGGUUGAAGAACAGAGGCAAAGAGUGCGAGAAGUAGAGUCCAAGAUGGCUGUGAUGGAGGAGCAGCACCGACAACAAAUCAAAACGAUAGCUCUUGAGGCAGAGAGACAAGUUGCUGUGAAGGAACAAGAGUGUCAACAAACAAUUACUUCUGCAUAUGACCAACAAGACAAUGAAACAAAUUCCCUUGUGCGUCAGCACCGCGAAGCCAUACGAGAAGCUCAGGAAGAGGCUCGGGAGAAGGCAUCAGCCCUUGACUCUGUUGUCCAUGAGUACCAAGGCAAACUCAAGGAGAAAGAUGAGGAACUGUGCAAGUUUGUUCAACAGUAUGAGGAUCAGCUUGCAGACCUCACAACUCAGCAUGAGGCUCACAUCAAAGAGGUUGAAGCUACCUGGAAGUCUAGAGCUGAGAAAAUGGUUAGGCAACGUGAGAUGCAGCUACAGGAGGAAAUGGAUGGAUUGUCACAGGAGUGGAACAAGGAACGCAGAAGUCCUGCACCUGAAUCCACAGAAGAAAUCCAGGAACUUGAAAGACUAACCCAAGUGGCUGCAGCAGCCUUUAGAAGUGGCACUGAUUCUGUUGAACUUCUCAAGAAGCAAGUGGCUGCUCAACGAAAGGAGCUUGAGGAAGUCAAGCUGAACCAUGGCAAAGAGAUAGGGGAGCUUAAGGCACUAUUAGAACUUAAAAGAAGAACGAGAGGAGGAGGGAGGUGGAAGUGGAGGAGGAGGUGGAGGGGUCAGACUUGGAGUAGCUCUUGAGGAAGCAGCAGAAUUCGAGUACCUUAAGAAUAUCUUGUACCAGUACAUGCUUGGA